AUGGCCUCCUUGGCAGCCGCCGGCGGUCGAUGCGAGCACGGAAAGGCUUCGCGGGUUCGCGUCCCCGUCAUGCUUCUAACAACGGAGGCCGUCCAAGUCACGAGGCCCAAGAUGGCGCGGCCCAGCGAUACGCACGACAUUCACGACCCGCUCGUGACUUCGCUCGACCGACCCGUUUCUGUUAGCGAGCUUUGCAAGUGCCACUUUGCGGGGCUGUCGGAGAAGGGGUUGUUGAGCGCGCCCUGCCCCCUCGAGUUGCCGGCGUGUGGCGGUUCGUGGGUCGAGGCAUGGGUCAAGGCCGACGUGACGGCCGCCCAGUGGAGCCAAUCGGUGCGGGUGCGGAUCUACCGCUGUCGAUGCCUCGACGAGGCGCACACAAUCCACUUCGACGGAGAGCACUUGGGGCUGUAUGCUUGGAACCGGCGGACCCUCUUCGUGCAGAAAAGCUUGCAGCUGUUGCUGAGGGGGAUGCAGCACGGCCACAGCUUCAAGGCCGAGCUUGCGACCCAUCAAACGGCCUUCGAGUGGGCCCCCGACGCUGCCGUUCUGAGCGAGGAGACGUGGAGGCGAGCGAGCCUCGACUUUUUCAAGCUGGUCGGCCUCGGGCUUCGAGAGUGCUGCUCGCUGUGCGGGCCUCAUCCCAAGGUGCUGCUUUGCGACGGCAUCGUGGGGUUGGCGAGCACCGACGGCGCACAAAAGCCUAGGGGGCUUGGCAGCUCCUCGCUCGACGCACGGCGCACGUUCUGCCACCCGAGCCGUCACUCGACCGGGGAGCUCCUCGAGAAGCGAUCGAUCUCGGGGCGCGACUACUGUGGGUCCGGCCUCCAUGGGGGAGGGAUAAAGCGCAAGCUUUUGUUGCAACCGGAGCUACGAGAGGCGCUCGCACGACUGUCUCAGCAUUGGCGGAGGGACGAGAAGCUCGGGAAGAGGUUGUCAAGGGCCGACUUCGAAAAGCGAGGGUUGAGCCCAGACCUGUGGGACCAUUGGGUCGGCGAGUGGACGGAGCUCCUCUACUCCCUCGGCGCGCACGAUUCGGACGAGGACCUGAUCGGAGUUGGCGCGCUGCACGUGGUGCGGAAGCUCUUGCUGGGCGGCGAGGCCUCUCUCAAGGACCGCCGCGAGUUGGGACGAGAUGCGCCCAUCUUGCGGCGGCUCUUGGACUUAUAUGGAGGGCUCACGUUUCCGGCCUUCUUCAUGCGCACCCUCCAUCACCUGUACCUGCUCGCGCUCCUCGCGCGGGGGGCAACGGGGUUCGAAUCCGAGGGGCGGUUUGGUUGGGUGCACGAGGCAAUCGACUCAUUUGAACGAGCUGUCGUCCUUCUUGCGGAGGGCCGAAGGCGCCCCCUUAGCAUUGAGGAGCGCCGACGGCUGGACGAGGCUCGAGGGUUGGCGAACGAGCUGCUCCCAGGAGUUGAGAGGCUGGAGCCGAACGCGGAGCAAUGGGAGAGCAUGAGCAACCACGAGCGCUCGCUUUUGAGAGAGAGGCUAGGACGAGACGAGGAGGGAGGCGGCCUGCAUCCGCUUCCGUCAGAGCAUAGCUUCCGUGCCGAGCAAGACGCUCUUGCGUGCUACAGCCUUCUCGGUUGGGAACAGAAGCGGGGCUUGCCGCACUACUCGAGCUUCGAGCAUCCGGACGGCCGGAGCAAGAGCUCAGAGGAGUUCAAAUGCGCCACGGGAAAGACCGUGACCCAGUGGGAUGCGGAGAAUGUAGUCGGGUUGGUGAAAGCGGCCGGGAAGCUCUCGGGAAAGAAGGGAAACGCCAGCAAGCGGCCGAAUAGAAGCAGAGGGGUCUUUGUGUUUUGUUGCCCCCACAGAGUGAUCUACGGGUUCCACACAAUGCUGCGCGGGGAGAGCCCUCGAGACCCAUUUACGGUCCUUUUCACGCGGCUCAGACGCGAGGACUUGCCCGAAAUCCUCGUAUACGACAACGCGUGUGCGCUUCGCAACUACUGCAUGCGCCGGGCGCCGGCUCACUUUGCCAAGGUUCGGUUUGUAGUCGACAGGUUCCACUAUGCAAAGGCUGGAGCAGAAGUACACAAGUGCGGCCCCUCCAAUUGUCCAGAGAGCUACUGCGGACUACACUGGGUGAACACGUCGGCCGUGGAGUCAGUUAACAGCUUUCUCAAGGGCUUUAGGGGUCUGGGGUGGUAUUCAGGGCUUGACAACCUCAUGGUGAUACUGCCUCUGCUCCUCGGCGGCUAUAACAGCUCUUUAAGACGAGUCGACAACGCCAAGCUUAGCAUCGCGAUUGGAGCGGCUGUUUGGGUGGUUGGGAUUCGAAGAAGACUCUUGCUAGGCUAG